GAGAGUGAGAGAAGCGGACGAAGCCGCCUUCUCUGAUAAUGAUGGCAACGGAAGGCGGAAAGAUUCUCUACCUGGUGUACAGAGGAUUGAGUUACGGCCUUACUCCGUUGGUAUACCUACACUUACGAUGGCGCCACUUUCGCGGUCUCGAACAUCCUAUUCGGUGGCGAGAGCGCCUCGGCCUUCCAUCUCGCGAUCGCCCUCCUGGUCAUCUCCUCUGGUUUCACGCCGUUUCUCUAGGUGAAGGAAUGGCAGCAAUUCCCAUGAUUAAAUGCUGCAUUGAACGGAGACCUAACAUGAACAUACUGAUGACAACCACAACUCUAUCAGCAUUUCAAGUACUGAAGGAUCGUCUACCGAGUAAUGUCAUAUAUCAGUUUGCCCCUCUUGAUAUACCUGCUGCUGUAGAUGCUUUUCUUGAAUAUUGGAGACCAAAUGCAAUCUUGUUAAUGGAGAGUGAGCUUUGGCCCAAUCUGAUCAUGCAUGCAUCCAGAAAUGGUGUCGCACUGGCAUUACUAAAUGCUAGGAUGUCUUCUAAAUCCUUUGCAAGUUGGUCAGGACCUGUUGCACUUCCUCUGGUGUCGCUGAUGUUGUCAAAGUUUUCCUUGAUUUCCCCAUUGAGCAUGACUCAGGGAAUCAAUCUUCAGCUGCUUCAAGCUCCCCCUUUUAUCAUUAAUUUUUCUGGUGAUUUGAAAUAUGUCAUGGAAGAGUUUGAGAUGAUUAAUAAUGACACUGGAGAUAUUGAAGAUCUGCGGGCACUCAUUGGUAAUAGACAGGUGUGGAUGGCUGCAUCUAUACACAAAGGAGAAGAAGAAGUUAUUCUCGGAGCUCACAAGUGCCUGAAGGAACGGCAUCCUGAUGUAGUCACUAUUAUUGUGCCUCGGCAUCCACAUCAUGGGCAGGAGAUUGCUCAUGAAUUGCAGAAACAAGGAAUUGGUGUGUCCUUGAGGUCCCGAAAGGAAACGAUUGAGAAAGGAAAUAGCAUCUAUGUGGUCGACACUUUAGGUGAACUGAGACAACUUUAUAGGUUAGUUCCUAUAGCUGUAGUAGGAGGAUCUUUGUUGCCUGGUUUAGCUGGACAUAACAUUUCAGAAGCAGCUGCAGCAGGCUGUGUAGUGCUCACUGGACAUCAUGUUGGUCAUUUUUCUCACAUGGUGCACGAAAUGCAGCGUUUAAAUCCUUCUUCCGUAACACAGAUUUCUGGAGAAGAGCAGCUUGCAAAUAUCAUUGACCGACUUUUAAGUGACGGAGAACUCCUGAAAUCACAUCAGCUUGCAGCAACACAGGCAUACCGUGCUUUAUCAUGUGGGAUUACUGAAAGUGUUUGGAAUAUGUUAAUCUUCCACAUUUUUAGCAAAGAUUUUUCUUCACAAUCAAAUUUGGGAUCCUACAAGCUCAAGUGAAGGGUGUCCUUCAAAUAAAUCUCUGGCGAGGCUAGCCGAGCAACUCACUGCUAUGACAUGACAUACCACUUCAUCAAGACAGACAAAGAAAAAGGCUUGAAUAUGAUUGAGAGGAAGGUGAGUGGUCAUUUUGAACGCUAAUCCCGCCUCAAUCUCUCUCUUUCUAUAUCUUUCUACAUGAAGAAUCGUGAAAGCUUAAAGGUAAAACCCUUCACUUUUGCCAACAUACAACUGCUGUACUACUUUAAUCUAUAGGAAGAAGAAAUAGAUAGACAGACUGUAAGGUGGUAACAUCCAAAGUAAAAGAAAAGAAAAAGCUUACUAGUAUAUAUUUAUUUCAAAAUCUUGUUUUUGUUUUCUUUU